UUUUUUUCCUUUUUUUUUUUUCAUCUUGUUCAAACAUUGAUCUCAUCAUUAAUACAUUGUAUAUCUCACCCUUUCCUUAACAAGUCUUUUUUUUUUUAAAAAAAAAAUACAUACAUAUACACCUCAUACACUUCCUCGAGUUAUCUAUUCUCAAGUUCACUUUUUUUUACUUUCUUAUCUGUAACUCUUAUCCAACGAUCGCUUUACCAUGUCCACUACAGCAACUGUACAAAAACGAAAAUUGGUGAUUGUCGGUGAUGGUGCCUGUGGAAAAACGUCAUUAUUAACAGUAUUUGCUCAGGGCAGGUUCCCUUCGGGUCAUGUUCCUACAGUGUUUGACAGUUAUGUUAAAGACUUUGAUGUAGAUGGGAAUCAUGUAGAAUUGGCUUUAUGGGAUACAGCAGGACAAGAAGAUUAUGAUCGAUUACGACCACUUUCCUAUCCGGAUACCAAUGUGAUCUUGAUUGCAUUUGCUACUGAUUUACCUGAUUCUCUUGACAACAUUACUGAAAAGUGGUUACCUGAAGUAAAGAAACAUUGUCCAGAUCAACCUUAUCUUUUGGUAGCAUGUAAAAGUGACUUGCGAAAUGAUCCUUUGACAAUUGAUGAAUUAAAGAAAAUAAAUGCAGCACCAGUGUCUAGUGAACAAGGCAUGGCGAUGGCUACUGCAAUCAAGGCCUAUGGUUAUGUAGAAUGUUCUUCCAAAAACAACCAAGGUGUAGUGAAUGUCUUUGAAGAAGCUGUCCGUGCAACCAACUCCAAAUCUUCCUUUGAUCAAAAUAACUCGAAAAAGAAAAAGGAUUGUAUAGUUAUGUAGUUUUUUUUUUUAUACACUCUCUUGCUUAGUAUAGUUUGCGUAUAUCAAUCAUUUUUUCUUAUUCCCUUCCUCUCUCUCUCUCUCUCUCUCUCUUUCUGCUUUGCUCUAUCACUUGUAUUUUGUAUAUCCAAAAAUAAUAAACUUUUUUUUAAAAAUAUA